AUGGCAGAAGAACUCGACGUCCUCAUCUUGGGUGCUGGUAUCUCUGGUAUCAAUGCGGCCUACCGUGUCCGAACAGAGUUGCCACAAAGCUCCUUUGCUGUGCUUGAAGCUCGUGACAUUAUUGGAGGCACAUGGUCAUACUGGAAAUAUCCUGGUUUCCGCUCCGACUCAAACAUGACCAACUUUGGCUUUGGAUGGCACCCGUGGCCUCACAACAAGAAGAUCAUCGAGGGCGCGCCCAUUGCUGCGUACAUCGAAGAUGCGGUGAAGACACAUGGCAUUGACAAACACAUCCGCUUUCGCCACAAGGUCGUGUCGUCAAGUUGGGAUACCGACGAGGCACGAUGGACAGUCACAUGUGACACACCUACGGGUGAGAAGAAGUUGAAGGCCAAGUUCCUGUUCAUGUGCUCAGGCUACUACUCGUACGAGAAGGCCCUAGACACACAAAUUCCUGGAAUCGACAAAUUUCAAGGCCAGGUCAUCCACCCCCAGUGGUGGCCCGAAGAUCUCGACUACACCGGCAAAAGGGUUAUCAUCGUUGGCUCUGGCGCAACAUCAAUGACCCUCUUCCCCAAUAUGGCGAAAAACGCUGGCUUCACCACCAUUCUUCAACGUAGUCCUUCCUAUGUCUUCGCACUUUCGCCAGAAUCCGGAUUGGACAAGAUGCUGAAGCUGCUACUACCUCUUUUCCUCGCCAAUUGGAUUAUUCUGCUGAAGGACCUUCUUCUCGAAACUAUCUUCAUUCAAAUCGUUCUCAAUUUCCCCGACAUCGCAAAGAGGUUCCUCAGAGCAGAAGCCAAACGGCAACUACCAAAGGACUACCCCGUCGAUGUCCACUUCAAUCCUGUCUACAACCCAUUCCAACAACGUCUCAACAUGUCUCCCGACGGAGACGUCUUCAAAGCGCUGCACCAACCCAACACCGAGAUCGUUACGGACCACAUCGAAACUGUGACCGCUGACGGCAUCCUCACCAAAUCCGGCCGCCACCUUCCGGCCGACAUCAUCAUUACCGCUACAGGUCUGCAUGUGCAACUCUUUAGCGGCACCGACGUGACUGUCGACGGCGUCCCUGUCAAGGUGGGUGAGAAGUACUGCUGGCGCGGGUGCAUGCUCGACGGCGUGCCAAACGCCGCGGCAAUCAUGGGCUAUGUUACUCAAACCUGGACGCCCGGCGCCGACACCGUCACUCGACUCUGCAUCCGCGUCAUCAAGCAGAUGCAGCAAACAGGUGCUGUCUCAGCCACUCCGAUAUUGUCUGACGAAGAGAAGAAGAGCGCUCCACGACUGCCCUGUGUGGACGCCACAUCCAACUACUUCAAGAAGGCUCACAGCCGGAUGCCUGUCGUGACAAACCGGGGCCCUUGGUAUGGAAGAACGAACCUUAUCGUGGACAAGCUUGCAUUGUGGUUCGGAAGUGUGACGGUUGGUAUGGACUAUCGCUUGGCCAGCAAGUCAAAGGACAUUUGA